AUGGGAGAUGAAAAUUUUACUAUAGAAUUAUCAUCGUCCUCUUUGGAUCUAGUUAAUUCAGAGUAAAGAAUUACCUUUAAACUCUCUCUAAAUUUAAUCAUAACUUGGAUUUUUUAUGGAGAUAAAAUAAUUGGGUUUAAAAUUGAGAAUCUUUAGAUUGAUGGGGCGACAGAAGAUAUGAUAAAAUUAAAAAUGAGCUUAGGGUGUCUUGUUUCGUUUAAGGGAAUAUUAAAAUUUUAUACUUUUCAAUAAACUAUUUACUUAAACAAAAACAAUGUAACCAAGAUCUGUUAAUUGAGGAGCAAUAGAAAUUUUAGGAUUUAUGCCUGCAAAUGUUAUAAGAAAUGUAAUCGAUCAAUAGAGUCUAUUCAUGAUGAAAUAAAUUUAUUACUUAAACUGUAGGGUCAUAGGUUUAUUUCAAUGAUAUAUGAAGUAUACGAGUCAGAAUCAUGCAUUUAUUUGAUAAUGGAACAUUUGUAUAGGUAUUUUGAUGAUGAUUUUACAGAUGAAGAGGUAAAAAUCAUAGUUUAUGUAAAUUUUAUAAUUACAUAAGAACUUGCUCUUAACAAUUAAAAGACUAGAAAAUCUGUGCAUAGCUCAUAAGAACAAUUAGUUAAAACUAAUCGGAUUAGUAAUGCUGUUCUCUAAAAUACAACAAAUCAUGAAUUUGAGCUGGACAUUUUUAAAGUCGGAACUUUAAUCUACUAAAGAAAUAAUUAAGAUGAUAAAGAACAAUCACCAGAAAUUCCAGAUUCUGGAAGCGACCUGAUGAAAAAUCUUCUUGAAAAUCAAUAAUACUAUAGAUUUAAUAUUGCCUCAGCCUUAUAACAUCCAUAUUUUAAUUCCUUAAAUGGAGAUGGAAUUGAAUAAUGUAAAUUCCAUUCUAUGAAUCCUAAAUUUAAAGAUAAAAUUGAUGAGACUUUGUCCUUUUAAACUAAAACUUUUGAAAACACUUUAUUAUCUUAAAUCAAAUAAUAAUAUUUUCCAGGAGAUUUAUCAACAGAAUUAUAAAAUUGA